AUGUCGAGUGUUACAAGCAGUGAUAUUACUUCAAGUAAUCAAGUUCGAGAUGAAGAUAAGAAUUGCGAUUUAAAUGAAUCAGAAGUUUCGGUGAUCUCAAGUAAAAAUCGUGUUCCACAGCCGGUAUUCGAGAACGAACUACGAAAAAUUGCGGAGUCGCUAAAGAAAAACGGAGUUGAAUUACGUCGCUGUACUAGUAAUUGUUUAGUGGGAGGAUCACUUGAAGAUGCCAUCCGAGUUGGCGAUAUUAAACUGGUCAAGCUACGGAUUCGCCAAGGUGUCAAUGUUAAUGGUUCCGAGCAAAAAAGCAGUUCCCCACUUCACAUGGCAGCAUGGUACGGACAUCCCGAGAUCAUUGAACUUCUUAUUAAUAACGGAGCCCGUCUUGAUUCUGUAUUAAAUGGACCAAUAAAAAACGGAUUUACGCCACUACAUCUUGCUUGUUUAAAUAAUAAAAUUGAGUGUGUAAAAGUUCUAUUGAAAUAUGGAGCAAGUGUUACCCCAAAAUGCGCCGAUGUUUACCAUCCAAUCCACUUCGCGGUAUUUAAGAACUUCGUUGAAGUAGCGGCGUUGCUUUUGGAAAAUGGCGCGGACGUAAAUCUACGAUUCAACAAUAAAUUCUUUCAUAAUAAAUGGGACCAAUCAAUUUUUUGGAAGGACAUGGAUUUAACGCUGUUACACUACUCGAUCGCUCAAGAAUACGAAGAAAUAACAACAUUAUUGUUGGAACAUGGAGCCGAUAUUCAUUUAAAUACAAGGACGAAUAAAACAUCAUUGAUGCACGCUGUUGAAGCAUAUAAUGUCCCGUUGGUUGAAUCACUUUUGGCGAAAGGUGCAAAUCCCAACGAUCGAGAUAUUUAUGGUGAACCAGUCGCGUUUUACAUUUUCGUAAAUGCCAAUAAUCAAUCUAGUUAUUAUGAUAAAAAAGAAUUUUGUGGGGUCGGAGAGAAAUUGGAAAUAAUAAAACUUUUAUACGCUGCCGGAGCUGACGUCAAUUAUGAUUGUUGCGAAGCAAUCGCAACAUCUUUUAAUAAUCAAGAAUUAGAAGAUUUUUUAAAUCUUUGUAGUAACGAGAUAAUUUCUUAA